AUGAUGAGAAUCAUUGAUGAAUUUUGUAAGUGGACAGGUUUGAAGGUGAAUGCUAACAAGUCUCAAAUUUUAUUUGGUAAAGCUGUUGGUAUAACCUGCAGGAAGAAACUUACCAGAAUUCUCGAUUUUAAAUCUGUUAAUGAGUGGAAAUAUUUGGGUAUUAAAAUGUCUAUUAAUAGAUUAAAGGCGGCAGAUUUUCAAGACAUUUUGGUUCAGGAGAUUGAGAAGUUAUGUAGGAAUUUUGUUUGGCACAAAUCUAAUAGUGAAAGAGGAUUACACUUUGUUGCUUGGGAUGAAUUAUGUAAGCCAAGACGUGCUGGUGGUCUUGGUUUACAAUCUUGUAUCAUUAAGAGUGGUACAAUGAAAGCUAGAAUUGCUUUGAAUUAUAUUCAAAAUCCUUAUUCCCUCCUACACCGAUCUCUCAAAGCUAGAUAUUCUGAUAACAUUUUUGAGGGAAAUUGUAAACAUAAUUCUUCUGUUGCUUGGAAAAUUAUGAUUGAGGGAGGUAAGUAUCUUAAGGAAGUGGUUAAAUGUAAGGUUCUAAAUGAUGAUGGAAACUGGGAUGAGAUAAAGUUGAGAUUUUUUUUUCACGAGGACUUGACUUGGCUAAUCAAGCAAGUAAAAGUGGUCAAGGAAGGUGGAAGGGAUAUGCUAGAACCUAUUAAGAAGCUGACGGGUUGCUCUAUUUCAGCUUUAGCCUUUGAAGCUGUGAUGAACAAGAGACACAAUGAUAUUGAUGAUGGUUUUAUAAAUUGGCUCAAGAAGCUUAAACUUAAUGUUAAGGUAGAAUUAUUCUGGUGGAGGCUUAGUAAGUUUGCAAUUCCAACCAAUUCUUUCCUUAAAUAUAGAAGAUUGGCUACUAGUGAUUUUUGUGUUAGAGGCUGCGGUAUGACUGAGAAUUAUGAACACAUUGUGGUUCAAUGCAAGCAUAUUACUUAUAUUAUUACUAAAAUCAGAGAGUGGGGAUUUGCUAUCAGUCUUUUUCAAUCACUUGAUGAAUGUUUGGUGGAACUUAGACGGCAAUCUAGUUGUAAUCCUGGAAUGGUUAGACUGUAUUGUACAACGGUUUUCUGGAAUUGGAAAAACCGUAACAUGGUCAAGCAUGGGAAACCUGCUAUUUCUGCUUCGAUGGCUGCUGCAAAUGUGAUUUCUUUAGCUUCAUCUAACCUUCAUCCUUUACUAUAUAGCUGGGGUGCUAACCUCUCUUGGGAGUAUUUGAAUUCUUGGCACCCUCCACCGCUAGAUUGGAUCAAGGUUAAUGUUGAUUCUUUGUUGCUGUCUAACUACCGGGCUAGUAUAGGAGGCAUCUUCAGUGAUAAUAAAGGUAGAAUGCUCUUAGCUUUUGGAAGGAAUUCAUUGCAUUGGGACAGUGGUCAAUUGGAAUUGGAAUCUGUUUUUGCUUUUCGGGAUUUCAUUCAAGUUUGGAUGCUUGAAUAUAUUGGCAUCAUCAUUGAAAGUGACAACCUCAAUGUGAUUAAUUACAUUCAACAAUCUAUGAAGAAGACCAAUUGGCAGACGGAGAAGAUCUUGGGGAAUAAGCUUUACUUUCUUAAUGAUUUCAAUAAAGUUGUUUUUCAUCAUGGUGCUCAGGAUGAAGAAAUUAUCAGAGAAAAGGUCUCAACGGAUGAGCUUCUCUUUCAGGAAGCUUCAGAGGAUGAAGGCAAACAGAUCUCCUUCAGACUUCAAGACCGAAGGAGGGCCGGAGGUAUGACUUCGAGUGUGGUGCUGAGAGCUUUCGCCGAAGAUUUCUCGAACGGAUCAACGGGAUGGUCUGGGAAGCUAGGGAAUGGCACAAGGAAGACGAAGGAGCUCUGGGGAAAGAUUUUGAAUGCUUGGAGUCGAUUCAUGGCCUCUAGGGAGCACUACCCUAUUCAGCCACCUCCCAUAAGUUUGGAUGGCCGGGAUUGA